AGGCAGGUUGUUCGGUAGUUUCUACCGGACUUCCAGAAGAUGGGCACAGGUGGUGGGACACGAAUACCACUAUGGAUAUCAAUACUAGCACUUGCCUUCAUAGAGAUCAAAGUUCAAGCACAGGAUGAUGAACAACAAACAAAAUCAAACUAUGUUUCUCCAUCCACCCUGCAGCGACAAAAAGGUUUUCCACCGGCUUUGAAAUCCCAUGAAGUGACAAUCAUUCCACCUUUUCCAAACACAUUGAAAGUAAAGGCUGGCAACCCCUCUCACAAUGGCCGUGUGUGCAGCACAUGGGGUAACUUCCACUUCAAGACCUUUGAUGGGGACAUCUUUUACUUCCCUGGGGCCUGUAAUUACAUCUUUGCAUCCAACUGCAAAUCUCCCUAUGAGGACUUCAACAUCCAGAUUAGGCGUACAAUGGUGGAAAAUGCUACCAUGAUAACUCACGUCAUCAUGAAGCUGGAAGGAGCAGUGAUUGAACUGACCCGCGGCUCUGUCCUGCUUGAUGGCAAAUUGGUCCAGAUGCCCUACAGCCAUAUGGGAGUCUUCAUAGAGAAAAGUAACAGCUAUUUGAAAGUUUCUGCCAAGUUAGGACUGACUUUCCUUUGGAAUGAAGAGGAUGCCCUCCUGGUGGAACUAGAUAAGAAAUAUGCCAAUCAAACUUGCGGACUUUGUGGGGACUUCAAUGGAGUUCCAAUUAGCAAUGAAUUUAUUUCAGAGAAGACAAAACUGACUCCCAUACAGUUUGGGAAUAGGCAGAAGAUGGAUGGGCCCACAGAGCAGUGUGCUGAUCCUAUUCCUCCUGCUCUUGUGGUGAACUGCUCAGCUGAAUUUGCUUCUAUCUGUGCAACAGUAUUAACCAGUAAAGCAUUUACAAGCUGUAAUGCACUUGUGGAUGUUCAGGACUACAUUGAAACUUGCAUACAAGACCUAUGCCACUGUGAUAGCUCUAUGGCUGACUUCUGCAUGUGCAACACCUUUGCUGAAUACUCCCGGCAGUGCGCUCAUGCAGGUGGACAGCCUCUGAACUGGAGAACCCCAGAACUGUGUCCCAAAUUAUGUCCUUUCAACAUGCAAUACCAUGAGUGUGGCUCCCCCUGUUCUGACACGUGCAGCAACCCGGAACGAUCUGCACUUUGUGAAGAUCAUUGUACAGAUGGCUGCGUCUGCCCUCCAGGAAUGGUAUUUGAUGACAUUAAUGGUGCUGGCUGCAUUCCCCGUAAAGAAUGCCACUGUACCUAUGAAGGUGAAACUUAUGCUCCUGGUGCCUCCUUCUCAUCUAAAUGCAGAUCAUGUACCUGUACUGGAGGUGAAUGGUCUUGCGUCACCCAGUCAUGCCUCGGGACUUGCAGUAUUGAAGGAGGCUCUCACAUUUCAACGUUUGAUGAGAAAUAUUAUUCCUUCUUUGGAGACUGUAGCUACGUCCUAACCAAGCUCUGUGACAGCAAUGAAUUCACUGUUCUGGGAGAUAUCCACAAGUGUGGCCUGACUGACACUGAGACAUGCCUCAAGGGUAUAGCCGUCAGCCUGAGUGGAGGACAAACUAACAUUGUGAUCCAGCCUUCCGGCAGUGUAUUUGUGAAUAUGAUCUACACACAGCUGCCAUUCUCUGCAGCAAAUGUCACCAUCUUCAGAUCAUCAUCUUUCUUCAUUAUUCUGCAAACAACCUUUGGUCUUCAGCUACAGGUUCAGCUUGUGCCUCUCAUGCAACUUUUUAUAGACUUAGACCCAUCACAUAAAGGGCAGACCUGUGGUCUCUGUGGAAACUUCAAUGACGUGCAGACAGAUGAUUUCAAAACCACUAGUGGUGUAAUAGAGGGUACUUCAGCUGCCUUUGGCAAUACUUGGAAAACUCGGGCUGAUUGUCCUGAUGCCAAAAAUACCUUUGAGAACCCCUGUACUGUCAGCAUACAAAAUGACCAGUAUGCUCAGCACUGGUGUGGACUGCUCUCUGAUACCACGGGACCUUUUGCUGAAUGUCACUCAACAGUGAAUCCAGAAGUUUACCAGAAGAACUGCAUGUUUGACACGUGUAACUGUGAGAAGAGUGAGGACUGCAUGUGUGCUGCCCUUUCCAGCUAUGUCAGAGCCUGUGCUGCUAAAGGAGUUCUCCUCACUGGAUGGAGAAGCAAAGCUUGCACAAAAUACACCACCUUGUGUCCGAAAUCCUUGAAGUACACUUACAACGUCGAUUCCUGUCAACCCACCUGCCGGUCUCUGAGUGAGCCUGAUGUCACAUGCAGCAUCAAGUUUGUCCCAGUUGAUGGCUGCACCUGCAUAAAUGGAACCUACAUGGAUGAAAGUGGCAAAUGUGUGCCUGCUUCUAGCUGUCCUUGUUACUACAAAGGAACGCCUCUGUCUUCUGGAGAAGUUAUUCAUGAUAAUGGUGUUGUCUGCACUUGCACCUAUGGAAAGCUGAGCUGCAUUGGAGAGAAACCUGAACCAGUCUGCGUACCUCCCAUGGUCUAUAUUGACUGUGGCAAUGCCACUGCAGAUGUGGUAGGAGCAGGAUGCCAGAAGAGCUGUCAGACUCUAGAUAUGGAAUGCUACAGAACCCACUGUGUCUCUGGCUGUGUAUGUCCUCAUAACCAAGUCUCAGAUGGCAAAGGUGGCUGUAUAGCUCCAGAAGACUGUCCAUGUGUUCACAAUGGGAAUUCCUACAGCCCAGGAGAAUCAAUCAGAGUUGGCUGUAACAACUGCACAUGUAGAAACAGAAAAUGGCACUGCUCCAAUGAACCUUGCCUGGAAACCUGUUCUGUUUAUGGAGAUGGGCAUUACACCACCUUUGAUGGCAAACGUUUUGAUUUUGAAGGAGACUGUGAAUAUGUUCUGGUCCAGAACUACUGUGGUCAACAAGGUAUGAACCAGGGAACCUUCAGAGUCAUCACCGAGAACAUUCCAUGCGGCACUACAGGAACCACCUGCUCUAAAUCUAUUAAAGUUUUCCUGGGCAACUAUGAGCUGGUACUCAGUGAUGGACACUCUGAUGUCAUCCAGAGGACACCUGGAGGAAAAAUGCCAUUCCAAAUGCGUUCCAUGGGCAUCUACCUGGUGGUUGACACUUCUGUUGGCCUGAUACUCAUGUGGGACAAGAAAACCAGUAUAUUCAUUAAGCUUAGUCCCAGUUUUCAGGGACAUGUCUGUGGACUUUGCGGAAACUAUGACGGCAAUGGAAACAAUGACUUCACUACUCGCAGUCAGUCUGUGGUAGGAAAUGUGCUGGAGUUUGCCAAUAGUUGGAAAGUGUCUUCUAGUUGCCCAAAUGCCAAUCGUACCAAGGAUCCAUGCACUGCGAAUCCAUACAGGAAAGCCUGGGCACAGAAGCAAUGCAGCAUCAUUACCAGUGAAGUGUUUGCAAAGUGUCACUCCCAGGUUGAACCAAAUGAAUAUUAUCAAGCAUGUGUGGAUGAUGCUUGUGCCUGUGACACUGGAGGAGACUGUGAAUGUUUCUGUACAGCAGUAGCCGCCUAUGCUCAAGCAUGCAAUGAGCUGGACAUCUGCAUUUCAUGGAGAACCCCAUCCAUUUGUCCUCUGUUCUGUGAUUACUACAAUCCACAAGGGGAAUGUGAGUGGCACUACAAGCCAUGUGGAGCCCCUUGUAUGAAGACCUGCAAUAAUCCAAGUGGGAACUGUCUUCAUGAGUUGAGAGGUUUGGAAGGCUGCUAUCCACACUGUCCAAAGAAUAAGUCCUAUUUUGAUGAAGAAACCAUGACUUGUGUUUCUAAUUGCGGUUGUUACGAAAAUGGAAAAAAUUACAAACCAGGAAUGCAGAUGCCUUCAAAGGAGAAUUGUCAAUCAUGUGAAUGCACAAAGCAUGGAAAAAAAUGCAAAUAUGAUGAAUAUGAAUGCGUCUGCAUUUAUGAGGGACAGAAAUACAACUAUAAAGACGUGAUCUACAAUACUACAGAUGGCACAGGAGGGUGUAUUGUUGCAACCUGUGGUCCCAAUGGAACACUUCAAAGGGUUGUCUAUGAAUGUCCAAUCUCAACAUCACCCACAACAGCAACGACGUUUCAUUUCAGCACUACGCCACCUGUCACUACUUCCACAGUGUCACCAACUACAUCAGUAUGUGUUCGUGAAGUCUGUGAAUGGUCAGAAUGGUAUGAUGGGAGUCUGCAAACCCCUGGCUAUGAUGGUGGAGAUUUUGAAACCUUUGAUGAUUUGAGAUCUAAAGGUUAUGCGGUCUGUAAAACUCCACGGGCUAUUCAAUGCAGAGCAGAGAAAUUCCCUAAUAUACCACUGAAAGACCUUGGCCAAAAAGUAGAAUGCAGCACAACAGCUGGGCUUAUAUGUUACAACAAAGAUCAAAUUUCAACAAUGUGCAACAAUUAUGAAAUCAGAAUCUUAUGCUGUGUUUUUGUACCAUGCUCUUUCACAACACAUUUCAGCACGUCAACACCAAUCACAACUACGGCUAAGAGCACAGAAAUAUCAACACCAACUGAAGAAACAUCGUUUUCGACCACCACAUCACUAGUUACUACAACUUACAAAACUACAACAUUCAUACCUUCACCUACUGAAGAAACAACCACAACCAAAAUGACAACACCUGUCACCACUUCUCCUUCAACAACUCCUCUUUGCAUUAAAGAAGAAUGCUCUUGGUCAAUGUGGUAUGAUGUCAGUUAUCCAGGGUCUGGAUACGAUGAUGGAGACUUCGAAACAAUUCAGAACAUUGAAAAUCAUGGAUACGAAGUCUGUGAUAAUAGAAAGGCAGUAGAAUGCAGAGCAGUAAGGUUCCCCAAUACACCAUAUCCCCUACUGGAGCAACACAUUACAUGUAAUACAGAAGAAGGACUGAAAUGCUACAAUAAAGACCAACUACCACCCAUCUGCUAUAACUACAAAUUAAGAUUUAAAUGCUGUAGAAAUAUAACAGCACCAUGCCAGCAAACAACAACACCACAUACAAGUACCACGAUUUUUUCAAUGAUUCCAAGUACAUCAUUCACAGAACUAUCAACACCACCAAACUUUCAAACAAAAUAUAAAACAACUACAGUACCAACACCUCCACCAGAAACAGAAUAUAUUCAUACGAGAACUACAUCACAAUCAACAACACACACAUAUUAUGAAGCAAAUACAACAACACCCUCAAGCCCCACUACGGCACCUUCCACAUCCUACCCCACCGAGAUCCACACCACCACCCCGUCCACUACCACCUGUGAACCCGAAGUGUGCUCCUGGAGCGAAUGGUUCGACGUCGACUUCCCCUCCUCGGGACCCAGCCAGGGAGACUUCGAAACCUACCAGAACAUCCGUGCCGCCGGGAAGAAAGUCUGUCAACAGCCAAAGGAAAUCGAGUGCCAGGCGGAGGACUACCCCGAGGUUUCCAUCCAACACGUCGGACAGGUCGUGCAGUGCGACGUCAACUUUGGACUGGUGUGCAAGAACGAAGACCAGACUGGCAAAUUUAAGAUGUGCCUCAACUACAGGAUCCGCGUCCUCUGCUGCACUCCUACCACCGCCCCAACCUCCACCACAGUCACGACCUCCACCACCACCACCACGCAGCCCACCUCCUCGGAAACCACAACGCAAACCUCCACCAGCACCACCAGCCCCACGCCAACACCUUCCACAUCCCACCCCACCGAGAUCCGCACCACCACCCCGUCCACUACCACCUGUGAACCCGAAGUGUGCUCCUGGAGCGAAUGGUUCGACGUCGACUUCCCCUCUGCGGGACCCAGCCAGGGAGACUUCGAAACCUACCAGCACAUCCGCGCCGCCGGGAAGAAAGUCUGUCAACAGCCAAAGGAAAUCGAGUGCCAGGCGGAGGACUACCCCGAGGUUUCCAUCCAACACGUCGGACAGGUCGUGCAGUGCGACGUCAACUUUGGACUGGUGUGCAAGAACGAAGACCAGACUGGCAAAUUUAAGAUGUGCCUCAACUACAGGAUCCGCGUCCUCUGCUGCACUCCUAACUACAAUUGCCACGUCACCACACCCUUGCCCACCACCACACCCACCAUCACCACCUUCCACAGAUCAACCACCACCGCCCCAACCUCCACCACAGUCACGACCUCCACCACCACCACCACGCAGCCCACCUCCUCGGAAACCACAACGCAAACCUCCACCAGCACCACCAGCCCCACGCCAACACCUUCCACAUCCCACCCCACCGAGAUCCGCACCACCACCCCGUCCACUACCACCUGUGAACCCGAAGUGUGCUCCUGGAGCGAAUGGUUCGACGUCGACUUCCCCUCUGCGGGACCCAGCCAGGGAGACUUCGAAACCUACCAGCACAUCCGCGCCGCCGGGAAGAAAGUCUGUCAACAGCCAAAGGAAAUCGAGUGCCAGGCGGAGGACUACCCCGAGGUUUCCAUCCAACACGUCGGACAGGUCGUGCAGUGCGACGUCAACUUUGGACUGGUGUGCAAGAACGAAGACCAGACUGGCAAAUUUAAGAUGUGCCUCAACUACAGGAUCCGCGUCCUCUGCUGCACUCCUAACUACAAUUGCCACGUCACCACACCCUUGCCCACCACCACACCCACCAUCACCACCUUCCACAGAUCAACCACCACCGCCCCAACCUCCACCACAGUCACGACCUCCACCACCACCACCACGCAGCCCACCUCCUCGGAAACCACAACGCAAACCUCCACCAGCACCACCAGCCCCACGCCAACACCUUCCACAUCCCACCCCACCGAGAUCCGCACCACCACCCCGUCCACUACCACCUGUGAACCCGAAGUGUGCUCCUGGAGCGAAUGGUUCGACGUCGACUUCCCCUCUGCGGGACCCAGCCAGGGAGACUUCGAAACCUACCAGCACAUCCGCGCCGCCGGGAAGAAAGUCUGUCAACAGCCAAAGGAAAUCGAGUGCCAGGCGGAGGACUACCCCGAGGUUUCCAUCCAACACGUCGGACAGGUCGUGCAGUGCGACGUCAACUUUGGACUGGUGUGCAAGAACGAAGACCAGACUGGCAAAUUUAAGAUGUGCCUCAACUACAGGAUCCGCGUCCUCUGCUGCACUCCUCCGUCCACUACCACCUGUGAACCCGAAGUGUGCUCCUGGAGCGAAUGGUUCGACGUCGACUUCCCCUCUGCGGGACCCAGCCAGGGAGACUUCGAAACCUACCAGCACAUCCGCGCCGCCGGGAAGAAAGUCUGUCAACAGCCAAAGGAAAUCGAGUGCCAGGCGGAGGACUACCCCGAGGUUUCCAUCCAACACGUCGGACAGGUCGUGCAGUGCGACGUCAACUUUGGACUGGUGUGCAAGAACGAAGACCAGACUGGCAAAUUUAAGAUGUGCCUCAACUACAGGAUCCGCGUCCUCUGCUGCACUCCUAACUACAAUUGCCACGUCACCACACCCUUGCCCACCACCACACCCACCAUCACCACCUUCCACAGAUCAACCACCACCGCCCCAACCUCCACCACAGUCACGACCUCCACCACCACCACCACGCAGCCCACCUCCUCGGAAACCACAACGCAAACCUCCACCAGCACCACCAGCCCCACGCCAACACCUUCCACAUCCCACCCCACCGAGAUCCGCACCACCACCCCGUCCACUACCACCUGUGAACCCGAAGUGUGCUCCUGGAGCGAAUGGUUCGACGUCGACUUCCCCUCUGCGGGACCCAGCCAGGGAGACUUCGAAACCUACCAGCACAUCCGCGCCGCCGGGAAGAAAGUCUGUCAACAGCCAAAGGAAAUCGAGUGCCAGGCGGAGGACUACCCCGAGGUUUCCAUCCAACACGUCGGACAGGUCGUGCAGUGCGACGUCAACUUUGGACUGGUGUGCAAGAACGAAGACCAGACUGGCAAAUUUAAGAUGUGCCUCAACUACAGGAUCCGCGUCCUCACCACAACGCAAACCUCCACCAGCACCACCAGCCCCACGCCAACACCUUCCACAUCCCACCCCACCGAGAUCCGCACCACCACCCCGUCCACCAGCACCACCAGCCCCACGCCAACACCUUCCACAUCCCACCCCACCGAGAUCCGCACCACCACCCCGUCCACUACCACCUGUGAACCCGAAGUGUGCUCCUGGAGCGAAUGGUUCGACGUCGACUUCCCCUCUGCGGGACCCAGCCAGGGAGACUUCGAAACCUACCAGCACAUCCGCGCCGCCGGGAAGAAAGUCUGUCAACAGCCAAAGGAAAUCGAGUGCCAGGCGGAGGACUACCCCGAGGUUUCCAUCCAACACGUCGGACAGGUCGUGCAGUGCGACGUCAACUUUGGACUGGUGUGCAAGAACGAAGACCAGACUGGCAAAUUUAAGAUGUGCCUCAACUACAGGAUCCGCGUCCUCUGCUGCACACCUAACUACAAUUGCCACGUCACCACACCCUUGCCCACCACCAGACCCACCAUCACCACCUUCCACAGAUCAACCACCACCGCCCCAACCUCCACCACAGUCACGACCUCCACCACCACCACCACGCAGCCCACCUCCUCGGAAACCACAACGCAAACCUCCACCAGCACCACCAGCCCCACGCCAACACCUUCCACAUCCCACCCCACCGAGAUCCGCACCACCACCCCGUCCACCACAACGCAAACCUCCACCAGCACCACCAGCCCCACGCCAACACCUUCCACAUCCCACCCCACCGAGAUCCGCACCACCUGUGAACCCGAAGUGUGCUCCUGGAGCGAAUGGUUCGACGUCGACUUCCCCUCUGCGGGACCCAGCCAGGGAGACUUUGAAACCUACCAGCACAUCCGCGCCGCCGGGAAGAAAGUCUGUCAACAGCCAAAGGAAAUCGAGUGCCAGGCGGAGGACUACCCCGAGGUUUCCAUCCAACACGUCGGACAGGUCGUGCAGUGCGAUGUCAACUUUGGACUGGUGUGCAAGAACGAAGACCAGACUGGCAAAUUUAAGAUGUGCCUCAACUACAGGAUCCGCGUCCUCUGCUGCACUCCUAACUACAAUUGCCACACCACCUGUGAACCCGAAGUGUGCUCCUGGAGCGAAUGGUUCGACGUCGACUUCCCCUCUGCGGGACCCAGCCAGGGAGACUUCGAAACCUACCAGCACAUCCGCGCCGCCGGGAAGAAAGUCUGUCAACAGCCAAAGGAAAUCGAGUGCCAGGCGGAGGACUACCCCGAGGUUUCCAUCCAACACGUCGGACAGGUCGUGCAGUGCGACGUCAACUUUGGACUGGUGUGCAAGAACGAAGACCAGACUGGCAAAUUUAAGAUGUGCCUCAACUACAGGAUCCGCGUCCUCUGCUGCACUCCUAACUACAAUUGCCACGUCACCACACCCUUGCCCACCACCACACCCACCAUCACCACCUUCCACAGAUCAACCACCACCGCCCCAACCUCCACCACAGUCACGACCUCCACCACCACCACCACGCAGCCCACCUCCUCGGAAACCACAACGCAAACCUCCACCAGCACCACCAGCCCCACGCCAACACCUUCCACAUCCCACCCCACCGAGAUCCGCACGACCACCCCGUCCACUACCAGCACCACCAGCCCCACGCCAACACCUUCCACAUCCCACCCCACCGAGAUCCGCACCACCACCCCGUCCACUACCACCUGUGAACCCGAAGUGUGCUCCUGGAGCGAAUGGUUCGACGUCGACUUCCCCUCCUCGGGACCCAGCCAGGGAGACUUCGAAACCUACCAGCACAUCCGCGCCGCCGGGAAGAAAGUCUGUCAACAGCCAAAGGAAAUCGAGUGCCAGGCGGAGGACUACCCCGAGGUUUCCAUCCAACACGUCGGACAGGUCGUGCAGUGCGACGUCAACUUUGGACUGGUGUGCAAGAACGAAGACCAGACUGGCAAAUUUAAGAUGUGCCUCAACUACAGGAUCCGCGUCCUCUGCUGCACUCCUAACUACAAUUGCCACGUCACCACACCCUUGCCCACCACCAGACCCACCAUCACCACCUUCCACAGAUCAACCACCACCGCCCCAACCUCCACCACAGUCACGACCUCCACCACCACCACCACGCAGCCCACCUCCUCGGAAACCACAACGCAAACCUCCACCAGCACCACCAGCCCCACGCCAACACCUUCCACAUCCCACCCCACCGAGAUCCGCACCACCACCCCGUCCACUACCACCUGUGAACCCGAAGUGUGCUCCUGGAGCGAAUGGUUCGACGUCGACUUCCCCUCUGCGGGACCCAGCCAGGGAGACUUCGAAACCUACCAGCACAUCCGCGCCGCCGGGAAGAAAGUCUGUCAACAGCCAAAGGAAAUCGAGUGCCAGGCAGAGGACUACCCCGAGGUUUCCAUCCAACACGUCGGACAGGUCGUGCAGUGCGACGUCAACUUUGGACUGGUGUGCAAGAACGAAGACCAGACUGGCAAAUUUAAGAUGUGCCUCAACUACAGGAUCCGCGUCCUCUGCUGCACUCCUAACUACAAUUGCCACGUCACCACACCCUUGCCCACCACCACACCCACCAUCACCACCUUCCACAGAUCAACCACCACCGCCCCAACCUCCACCACAGUCACGACCUCCACCACCACCACCACGCAGCCCACCUCCUCGGAAACCACAACACAAACCUCCACCAGCACCACCAGCCCCACGCCAACACCUUCCACAUCCCACCCCACCGAGAUCCGCACCACCACCCCGUCCACCAGCCCCACGCCAACACCUUCCACAUCCCACCCCACCGAGAUCCGCACCACCACCCCGUUCCCCUCCUCGGGACCCAGCCAGGGAGACUUCGAAACCUACCAGCACAUCCGCGCCGCCGGGAAGAAAGUCUGUCAACAGCCAAAGGAAAUCGAGUGCCAGGCGGAGGACUACCCCGAGGUUUCCAUCCAACACGUCGGACAGGUCGUGCAGUGCGACGUCAACUUUGGACUGGUGUGCAAGAACGAAGACCAGACUGGCAAAUUUAAGAUGUGCCUCAACUACAGGAUCCGCGUCCUCUGCUGCACUCCUAACUACAGUUGCCACAUCACCACACCCUUGCCCACCACCAGACCCACUGUCACCACUACUACCAUACCUGAACCAUUAUUCAGCAGCACUUCUACCUCUGCAUUAACACCAUGUUUCUGUAAAAUUGGGGAUGCUAUUUUUUCACCUGGGGAUUUGAUUUACAACAAAAUGGAUAGUGAUGGAUGUAGAUUUUAUGCCAUCUGUAGUCCAACGUGUAUAGUUGAACGACACACUGCACAUUGUAACAUUACUACUCCUCUAACCACUACUUCCCCUGAAUGGUCUACCAUAACAACCUCAGUUCCUCUGCCUACCACUUCUACAAGAGUUCCUUUUCACGGUUGUGUGUCUUCUACUUACCCUCCCCUACAAAUUGGACAAAGAUACAAAUUAACCAACUGUACAGAACUCGUGUGUAAGGGAGACAACAAGGUAGAAGUAAUUCCAACGCACUGCCCACCUGUAAAGGAAAUUACCUGUGCGAACAAAUAUCCGGCAAUACUGGUACCUGAUGAAAACGGCUGCUGUUACCAUUAUGAGUGUCAAUGUGUGUGCAGUGGAUGGGGUGAUCCUCAUUAUAUUACUUUUGAUGGAACCUAUUAUACUUUCCUUGAAAACUGCACUUACGUCCUGGUGAAACAGAUUGUACCUAAAUACGACAACUUCCGUGUUUACAUUGACAAUUAUUAUUGUGAUGCAAAAGAUGGACUUUCCUGCCCUAAAUCCAUUAUUAUUUUCUACAAAUCUGCAGAAGUGGUGCUGACCCGUCAACUCAUGAAUGGUGUCAUGACCAAUGUGAUGUACUUCAACAAGAAGAUUGUCAAACCAGGCUUCAAAAAAGAUGGCAUUUCUUUCUCCACACUUGGCAUCAACAUGAUUGUUGAAAUACCAGAGAUUGGUGCAACCAUCACCUUUAGUGGGCUGAUUUUCUCCGUGAAACUCCCAUACAGCAAAUUUGGCAACAACACCGAAGGACAGUGUGGAACAUGUACAAAUAACAAAUUAGAUGAAUGCCGCUUACCAAGUGGUAAGAUCAUUUCUUCCUGUCCCCAAAUGGCUCAUCACUGGAUCGUUGAUAACAACAAGUCAUGCCAUGGAGUACCAAUACCACCAGUUGUAACGACACCUUCACCAAAGCCUCACUGUGAAACACCUCCUCUCUGCAACCUUAUCUGGAGCGAGAUUUUUGCAGAAUGCCAUGCCGUGAUACCACCGGAACCAUUUUUCAAAGGCUGUGUUUUUGAUGGAUGUCGCAUAGAAGAUGAAUCCAUGCAGUGUUCCAGUUUGGAGAUAUAUGCUACAGAGUGUGCUUCUAGAGGUGUCUGCAUUGACUGGAGAGGAAAGACCAACAAUACAUGCCCAUACAACUGUGCAUCAAACAUGGUAUACAAGCCAUGUGGGCCCAUUAGUUCUGCUACCUGUGACCAAAGCCUUGUUGAGCUUCCUGGCUAUGGAGUAACUGAAGGAUGUUUCUGUCCUGAAGGAAUGACACUUGUGAGUGAAAACAGCAACAUCUGUGUCUCUGAAUGCUCUUGUAGGGAACCAAAUGGACUAUCCAGAGAGCCAGGAGAGAAAUGGACAAGAGAUUGCCAGGAAUGUGUCUGUGACAAAAAUACUCUUAAAGUGCACUGUACAAAACACAAAUGUUCUCUGACACAGCAAGUAUUUUGUGACGAACCAGGUUAUAUGCCUGUUCAGGUACAGAUACCAGAAGAUCCGUGCUGUACCAGGACUGAGUGCUACUGCAACACAAGCCUCUGCCCUGAGGCCACCCCCCCGUGCUUAGAGGGACAGGAAGUAGUCACAACAAUGCAGCCUGGAAAAUGCUGUCCUACCUUUGAAUGCAGACAUGGCUGUGUAGUCAAUGAAACCUACUAUGCACCUGGAGCUGUCAUUCCGUCAGGCCCCUGUGAAGAAUGUACCUGCUCUGAAUCCUCUUACCCAAGCCCUCACCACACUACUGUCAAGUGCAAGACUGUUACCUGUGACACAUACUGCCCAGUGGGUUAUAAGUAUACAAAGAUACCUGGACAGUGCUGCGGCACAUGCAAGGCAGCGGCUUGUAUAGCAACUGUGGGAGACAACAUUACACGUGUGCUCCAGGUUGGGGAAUACUGGAACCCACCUGGUGAUAACUGUACAACUCACACGUGUGAAAAAUAUGAUGACCAGUUCAUUCACGUCGUCUUACAGAAAAGCUGUCCUGUCUUUAACCCUGAAGACUGUGAUCCAGAUGACAUCACACUGUCUGACGAUGGCUGCUGUAAAAAGUGCCAAAAAAAUCUGAAGAGUUGCAUGAAGCACAAUACUACUAUUGUCAUCAAAUAUCAUGGAUGUGUAUCUCCUACACCUGUUGAGAUGACAUACUGUGAAGGCAGCUGUGAUGCUUCCUCACGAUAUUCUCCAGAGGCGAACACGAUGGAACAUAAAUGCUCAUGUUGUCAGGAAAUCAAGACCAGCCAAAGAAAGGUUACUCUGACAUGCAGUGACGGAACCUACCUUGAUCACUCAUACACCUAUGUGGAGAAAUGCAGCUGUAUGAACACUGAGUGCAUUCCCCAAGACAGCACCCAACAGGCAACAAAACAGAUAAAAGCCUCUCAGGAACAAGUGAAUGUCAAAAAUUAGAACUAGAGAGAAGUUGUCAAAAAAGGGUUGAAAAUAAGACUAAAAAAAAACUUUGAAAAAAUACAAAAGUGUCAAAAGCAGCUAAAUUUUGUCAUGAAUAGAUGAUAUUUUCUGUGUGCAAACUCAAUAUGUCUGUCUACACUAUUUCAGUUUUCAUUACCAAUAUAUCUCCCAUUGUUUUUUAUGUCUUUUCUUUUACACCUUGAGAGGUACAGCAUAAGGUCAUUUUGACAAUUUCUGUUAGUUUGUUUGUCUUCUGAGAAGUGCUGUACAUGAGAAUGAGAGCUGGAUUUACACUUGCACAGUCUAUUAUGAGAACAACAUUCUUUUCUGGCUUGAAGCUUGCCUGGGGUGGCAUGAUAUAGAUGCUUGACAAUAUCUAAUAUUUCCAUUGACGUAGACAGACCUUUUUUUAUAACAUUUUAAUUCCAAUUCAUUGAGACAAAUCAAAACCUUAAGUCCAGAAAACCAACAAGCAAAACCCAAGGAAAACUGUACCUCUCUGUUUCUUUUUCUUUUUUGCGAUGAUGAAAUCUUAGACUCCAACAAAAAGCCAUACCUUCUCAAAACUAUAAACUUCAAUAUUUUGAACCAUUUAUGAUGGGCAUAUUUCCCUAUAUAUUCUCGUGAGAAAAAGAAAGAAAUCCCAUCAUGAGAAGCUGCUGCACACUACUCUUUGUUUACAUAACACCAUCAGCAUAGUAACUGUAUGAAUAUAUGGAUUUUUUUUGUUUGUGGUUAACUGUUUACAGAAGAAGUAUAUAUAUAUAUAUAUUUUUGCCAACGGGGGCAUAUGAAGGAUUUUUGUAAACAAAAUAUAAUAAUAAUUAAUUAUAAUAGUAAUAAUAUAUGUAAAUUCUUUCCUAUAACUUUUAAAAGUUGAACCAUUGCUAUUUAUUUUGUUUUUGGAAAAUUGAUUUAUUGGGUCAUUUCUUUCAGAAUUAAUGUUAUCCCAUUUCUUAGUCUUAGUCAUGUUAUCUGGGUGUGGUAUAUUUCCUUCUUCUAAUUUGUUUUGGAAU